UCCCUCCUCCCUCACUGGGCGGACAAUAGCGCGAGCUGGCGCACCUCUCCAUGCGCGCACACACAGUGAGCUCGGUUCAGAAGACACACAGGUCCGCUUUAAAGUCAACUCUCCACCUUUACAGACGCUUUUGAGCCACCAGCACUCUGAGGAAUACAGUUUUCAGCUGCUUUCGUGCACACAAUGGAGGAGUGAAGUGUUUAUUGUUUACUUCAAAUGGGGAUUUACACUCGUGCGUAAAAACUUUGGCUCACUUUUCUCAGUGAUUGAUUGUCGGAUCCGUUUCGCGCGAAACAUGCCGGAGAGAAUCAGCAUAUCGGACUUCGUGGUCCUGACAAACGAGGAUUUGUCUUCACCGGGGACUUCAAGCUUUCAGUCCAAAAUGAGCGACUGUCGGAACACAGUUUCCACCGUGGAGGAGACUCUGGAGUUGGACCUCACAACUCUACAGAGGAUGAAGAAGAUGAUCAAAGCUAUACACACUUCUGGACUCUCCCACGUGGAAAACAAGGAGCAGUAUGUUGAGGUGCUGGAGAACCUGGGGAAUAGUCACCUGACCCAGGACAACAACGAAGUCUCAACAGGGUUCCUCAACCUGGCUGUGUUUACCAGAGAGGUCACGGCCCUCUUCAAAAAUCUGGUGCAGAACCUCAACAACAUCAUGGCGUUUCCUUUGGAAAAUGUGCUGAAGUCAGAACUCCGGGACAGCAGACUAGAGCUCAAGAAACAGAUGGAGAAGAGUUGGAAAGAGUAUGACAUCAAAAUAGGGAAGCUAGAGAAGGAGAGGAAGGAGAAGACCAGGCAGCUGGGUCUGAUCAGGACGGAGGGAUCAGACGGAGGGGAGGACAUGGAGAGAGAGAGAAGGACCUUUCAGCUGCAAAUGUGCGAGUAUCUUUUGAAGAUCCAGGAGCUCAAGGUGCGUCAGGGCCCUGAUCUUCUCCAGAGCCUCAUCAAAUAUUUCCAAGCACAACUCAGUUUCUUUCAGGAUGGGCUGAAAGCUGCUGAAAAUCUCACUCCCUUUAUAGAGAAGCUUGCUGCUUCUGUUCACACGGUGCGUCUGGACCAGGACGAGGAGGUAAAACAACUCACUCAGUUGAGGGAUUCUCUCAGAUUACUUCUGCAAGUGGAGGGGAAAGAGGAGUACCUGAACAGGAAAAACUCUGGCAACGGGUAUAGCAUCCACCAACCACAGGGCAACAAGAAGUAUGGGACAGAGAAAUCUGGCUUCCUGCUCAAGAAGAGUGAUGGGAUCAGGAAGGUUUGGCAGAAGAGGAAGUGUGGAGUGAAAUUUGGCUGCCUGACCAUUUCCCACAGUACGAUUAAUCGACCGCCAGCCAAGUUGAACCUACUGACCUGUCAGGUGCGGCCGAACCCAGAGGACAGGAGGACCUUUGACCUGGUCACUCAUAAUCGGACUUACCGUUUCCAGGCAGAAGACGAUCAGGAAUGUCUGAUUUGGGUGUCAGUACUACAGAACAGCAAGGAGGAGGCCCUGAACACAGCGUUGGUAGGAGACCAGCUCCACCUCCAGGACAGCGGGCUUCAGGAACUCUCCCGAUCCAUCAUCGCCGAGCUUCGACACAUGCCUGGCAACGAGGGCUGCGCUGACUGUGGAGCACCAGAUCCAACAUGGCUAUCGACCAAUCUGGGUAUCGUGACCUGUAUCGAGUGCUCUGGCAUCCACAGAGAGCUGGGUGUCCACUUCUCCAGGAUUCAGUCACUCACUCUGGACCUACUGAGCACCUCUGAGCUUCUGCUGGCUGUCAGUAUUGGCAACACCAGAUUCAAUGACAUCAUGGAGGCGGGCCUUCCAAAUGACUCAGUCAAACCAAUGCCACAAAGUGACAUGAAUGCCAGGAAGGAGUACAUUGUGGCGAAGUACGCUGAGCGUCGGUAUGUCCUGCGUAGAGAAGAAGCAGACCCUGGGCGGCUGUAUGACGCCGUGAAGAGUCGUGACCUCACUUCUCUUCUACAGCUCUACGCUGAGGGAGCGGACCUCUCCAAGCCGAUCACAGUGCCUGAAGGACAGGGGAUCAAAGAAACAGCUCUCCAUCUUGCUGUGCGUGUGGAGGAAAGAAGCUCUCUGGGGCUGGUGGAUUUCCUCUGCCAGAACAGCAACUGUCUGGAGAAGAGAACAGCAGAAGGAAACACAGCUCUUCACUACAGCGUCCUGCAUCACAAGCCUGAGUCUCUCAAGUUACUGCUCAAAGCAAAGGCAGCCCUACAAACAGUGAACUCUGCAGGAGAGACGGCCCUUGAUGUUGCACGGAGGCUGCAGCAUGUGCUGUGUAUCGAGCUGUUGGAGCUGGCCCAGAGUGGGAAGUUCAACUCUCAGAUCCACGUGGAGUUCAUGUGGGAGACACAAUCUCAGGAGUUUUAUGACAGCGAGGAUGACCUGGAUGAAAGGGUGAGCCCAUUACCCAAAAACCGCUCUCCUCCGUCCUCAAAUGGAGGUAGUGGAUCUUCCUUUGCCCGCUGGAGUGUGGGUAAUGCUGCCAAUGGUAAUGCUGGAAGCAGGCCUUGUCAGACAUAUGAGAACUUAGACUUCUUAUACAGAAAUCCUCCAGCCAAUAGCGCCCCCUCUGGAGCAUUAAUGCCACCACCACUGCCAGCUAAAUCCAUCCAGAGAGGUCGCUCGGACCCCCAGAUUUCAAUCACAACACAGGAAGGCAACCCCCUUCCACGACGCUGCUCUAACCCGGCCUCCCAAUCAUCCAGUCCCCAGGCACAGGCGAGGCAUAGGACUGCUUCACCCAACUCAGAGGGCCAAGGGGCGAGACCACCUAGGUCUCCCCACGGACAGGGAGCUCAGCACAGAGGACAGAGGCAGACCUGGGACGGCCAACCUGGCGCUAGUUUUGGGUCUCAAAGCAGUAUCACGCCAACAUCCUCUCAGAGUCACAUAGGACCUGUCAGUUCAGAGAAGACCACAUCGUAUCGUCGGACAAGCGGUGGAGGAGGCAGCCAGGGGAAGUGUGGUGUGAUGUCUCCAACCUGUGUGGGCAGCCAGGAAGAGUUGUAUUGCAGCUUAGUGGGGACUAGUCCGCGCCUCAGCCCAGCUCCAGCUCCAGCUCCAGUAGCGCCACCCUCACCUGUUGUGACCUGUGUCCCACGACCCCGCAGGAAUGCCAUGGUUUCUGGCAGCAGGCCACAUCAGAAGCGUGUCAAGGCUUUAGUGGACUGCAGGGCCGUCAGCUCUGAGCAGCUGGCCUUUUUCAAAGAUGAGAUCAUUGUGGUCACGGCCACGAAUGACCCCCACUGGUGGGUUGGUCACAUAGAGGGGGACCCAUCCAGGGUUGGGACUUUUCCUGUCAACUAUGUACACAAACUAACAGACUGAAGGACCGUGGAUAUAUAAAACUACUGUAUGGUGACAUAACAGAGAAGCUGAACCAGCAUGGGAUGCUUACUGGAAACUUACCGUCAUCACACAGUGGAUUUUAUCUACAGGAGAGGACAGUGUUAUUCACCUGGAUCUAACUCAAACUGAGAAUAUUUCCACAUGAGGAUAUAAAUGGCACUGUUUUAGGGAUUUAUACCUUUUUAACAUUCACUCAUUCUGGAAACCAACAAGGGAACUGUCUGACUUUUAGAGCCCCAUAAAACCUCUCAUCCCAAGGACAAUAUUGUUCCCCCUGUUGGUCUAGCCUUGUGUUUUUAAAUGCAGUUGUCUAAAACCAUGAACCACUAGUAAUAGGUACAGAUGCAUUUGUGGUUGGGGUAGAAACUGCUCUAAUGUCCAUUUAACUAUUAUAUUGCAGAUGUUUAAGUUGUCUAUACUGAUCUAGGAUUUGUAACUAGAGGCAAAACUUACCUGCCGGGGAAAACCCUUUUAAGGCACUUUAAACUCAUUGAGAAGUAAUCUUCUGAAGAGUUGGCAGAGCUGUAAAUGUAAAUAGAAAGCUGUAAAUACCCAGCCAGCUGCUUUAUAUUGGGAUGCUUUUUGUUUUGAACGGAAACUGCUCAAUCUUUUUAAAUCACAGUAUACCGAGACUUGGAUUUGAGGUACAAACCUGCCCGGUGUCUGUUGCAGCCUGCCCUGGGACUCUAAAAGUGGCUUUGUGCCUGCCAGUCUGUCUCCAACCAAACGGCAGGCGUCUGGGCAGAGAUCUGAAACUUUAGCUCAGCCAUCUUGACUCUGGGCACCGCUCGCCGACUGCGAUGAGAGUGGAGGAUUCGGUUUCUUCUGGCUCCAGGCAUCUGUCUCUGGAGAACCUGGAAUAACGACAGUGUGUUAUAAGAAAAGAAAAGACUCUCUGUUCUACCAGGAAAUGGCACUUAAAGAGAGCUCGUUAGUAACAGCACCCCACUGCAGUAAUUUGUUCAGUGAACACACACACACACUUUCUGUGGACACGUGUGCAUCACACAAGAUAUACACAAGCACACUUGCACUUACUGUACUGUACACACAUAGUAGCUGGUAGAGGUAGACUGCUCCACUUUCUUUUUAUACUAAUAAAUACACAAAUGUAACAUUUCACAGCUAUUACACACAAUGUUUUGUUCAUACUUGUCUAAAAAUGUUCACUGAUGUACAGUAUAUAUCACUUGUUUUCUCAUCUGUUAAGCAUUAUAAAGGAUUGUAUCAUUACAGAAAGUGUUACCCCAUGUUGGUAAUUUGAUGUCCUCUGAUUUAAUGUCAUGUGUCCUCUGUUCUGUUUCAUUAGAGGUCUAAACGGCUGUCAGAGAGACAGAGAGAACAGAAGGGAAUAGACACGGUUGCGUAAUAAGUGCUCAGAGAGGAUCCUGUCUCAGCGAAUUGAAAACAAACAACGACAGUGAUGACUAAAGGUGGGCAGGAAGCAGGUGUUCACUUCUAUUUAAUCAUUCCUGAGUUUAAACAAACAAGUCUGUUUGCUUGUCACUGUUUCUGUCACUAUUGUUUUGUUACAGCGUUGAGGAUUGACCAAACAAAUCACGAGACAGACUUGUUAUCAGAUAAUUGUGAAGCAGGGGUUGACUGCAUUAGAGUACAACUGUAAGUAGGAACUCUCAUAUGUAAACAGUAAAUUAACUCAUAUUAGUCAGUAUAUUUGUAAAUACACAUAAAACAUGUUAAAUAAAGUGCCAUAUAUUCUUUUAUAGUGUGAAAUAGGUGAUAUUUUUCUGUAUCUGGUAUGAGUGGACUAAUGUAGUGUGGCUGUGUGUCUUUAAUGCUCAACACGAGCAUGCAUUGCUUAACUUAUUCAGCGAGUGAGGUCACACAUAAAACCUGCUUCCUAGUAAUGUGUAUAAAUGUGCUUAAAACUCAUUGUGACGGAGGUUUAGUGGCCGUGAUAAUGUUGUGCUCACUUAGGGGCUGAUCACACAGACGCGUCUCUGCAGGCGGACCGCUUCAAAAACGCCAGAUGCAAAACAGCUGAUGCGCCUGUACAGCGGGGCUGCGUGCUUAACUGGGCGAUCAAAUGUCGUUAAAGGAAAAAUGUGCUCUCUCUUACCUCUCUCACCUUUCUUUUACCUCUCUCUCACUUACUUCUCUCUCUCAACUCAAAUGGCUUUAUUGGCAUGACGUAACACUGUACAUAUUGCCACAGCAUAUUCAAAUGAUGAAAAAUUUACAUUAAUUACAUUUCAUUAACAUCAAGUAAAAUAAAA